AUGGCAGGUUCCAUACUCUCCGUCGACAAUGUAGGCAACGCGCACCCCGAAACACCCGGAUACAAUCUCAAUCUCUAUAUGCGGGACCAUCGCCAUGGGGGUCUGUCUCCCGCCGUCGUCGAGAGCGUUGCCGGCCUCAGCGCCGUCCACCGCAGCGCCGGGCCACCGGCCUCGCCCCCGACAACAGUCACCAUCCUGCGCUCCCUCACGUCCAACAGCCGGCCCGUCCUCUCCCUCUACCGCGGCCUCACGCCCAACCUCGUUGGAAAUGCCACGUCCUGGGCGUCCUUCUUCUUCUUCAAGUCCCGCUUCGAGCGCGCCAUCGCCCACGCCAACCGCCGCGUCCGCCCCUCGGCGGCAGACUACUUCCUGGCCUCUGCCCUCGCCGGCGCCUCGACCUCGGUGCUCACCAACCCCAUCUGGGUGCUCAAGACGCGCAUGCUCUCGUCGGACAAGGGCUCCGCGGGCGCCUACCCCUCCAUGCUGGCCGGCGCGCGGACGAUCCUGCGCACCGAGGGCGUGCGCGGCUUCUACAGAGGCCUUGCCGUCUCGCUGCUGGGCGUCUCCCACGGCGCCGUCCAGUUCGCCGUGUACGAGCCCGCCAAGAGGGUGUACUUUAACAACCGCGUCGCCGAGGGGGACGUGAACCCGCGGCUGACCAACGAGGCUACCGUUGUGAUAUCCAGCGUGGCCAAGCUGGUGGCCGGCGCGGUGACGUACCCGUAUCAGGUUCUGCGGAGCAGGAUGCAGAAUUACCGCGCCGACGAGAGGUUUGGGAGGGGAAUCAGAGGCGUCGCGAGGAGGAUCUGGAUGGAAGAGGGCGUGGUUGGGUUUUACAGGGGGUUGGUGCCCGGCGUGGUGAGGGUGAUGCCGGCUACGUGGGUGACGUUUUUGGUUUACGAGAAUGUGAGGUACUAUUUGCCGGCGUGGAUGGCGUAG